AUGCUCGGAAUAACCGUCCAUUUUAUGUUCAUUUUCUUCUCAGAGGUUGGAUCUAGUGUCACUCGUUUGAGUGUCGACGUUGGUGAUAACGGUAAACCGAAAAUAAUAUCAAUCGGUCCAGGAACACGUUCCACGGCCGGACCAUUGGAGUCCAACUGGACAACCGAAGGAUUCCUGUUGAUUAAGGAUGGCACAGACAAAGUGCGUUAUGUGCACCCAUCCAACACACUUUUCAACCUUGACCAUCCAAUCGCGUUGCGUUCACUUCAUCAUUACGGUAUCAGGCCCAACAUUACCGGACACCAGGCAUUCACCCUCAUCGACAUCACAGCCAAGUAUCUGCAGGAAUUAACAACAUCCGCUGAAUUGAUCCUCGGUCAUAGUGUCAACUUUGUUGGUAUCCUCUCGCCAGAUGGACAAAGCCUACGGACCACGACAAAGGAAAUCAUCGGCAUGGAGUACAGUCGAAACGUUCUUGUCUAUCGUCUCGGUGGCUCGACAUUCGAGGUCUCAGUCCAUGAAAUUGACGACGAUUCCAGUUACGCCAUGUCUUCCGUCUAUGAUCAACACCUGGGCGGAAACGAUUUCAAUCAACGCGUCGUCGACCAUUUACUCCUGGCCCACAAGAACAAGACCGGUCAUGACCUCUCCAGUGACGACAAGUUUCUCCUUCGACUGGGAAACGAAGUCGAAAAGGCCAAGCGAAUGCUCUCUGUCCACGACUGUGUUCGGAUCGAAAUCGAGUCCCUCCACCCUGGGGUUCAAAGUCUCUCCGAAAAGUUGACUCGGUCUCAAUUCGAGGAUCUCAAUAUGGAUCUCUUUACCAAGACCAUCACGGCGAUCGAUCAGGCUAUCAAGGACUCUGACGAGUAUACCAAGAAUGACAUCCAAGACAUCGUGUUCUCCGGUGGAUCUACCAAUAUCCCCUUCCUUCAGUCGACCAUCCGAGAGUAUUUUGGCCGCCAUAAGAGAUACCAUGGAUCGAAUCACCCUGAAACCACCGUCGUGUUUGGUGCGGCAAAACUUAGUCAUUGGUACCUGGACGAAAGGCGGUCUGGUGGCGGCGUGUGUUGCUUUAUGGAAAGUCCAGGAGCCCUUGGCAUCGAGACAGCCGGCGGAGUGAUGUUCAAAUUUGCGGCUCAGUACGCCGACGUAAAUACCAACAAGAUGUACACGUUUUCCACCGCGAUGGAUAAUCAGGACCGGGUGGUCGUCCGGGUCUUUAGUGGAGACGGAACACGGACGAGUCAGAAUAUAUUCCUAGGUGGAAUCGAGCUCACAGGCAUUGCGCCGGCUCCCAAGGGCGUUCCAGAGAUCCGUGUGAGACUUCGCGCUUACUAUUGUGGCAGUUCUAUCGAUCUGCAUGUCAUGGACGUGGCCUCUGGGAGGAUCAAUGAGACGACACUCUCACCCUUUAAGGACUAUGGGGAGGAGACCAAAUACGAGAUGUUGGAAGGAGGUGCGUUCGAACUCGAACCAGCAAGCGAACAAACGCUUUUACAUGUUUAA